AUGACUUCUUUACAAGCAAAAGUCGACGCCGUCAAAGCGGCAGUCUCCUCGACGUCAACAUGCACGCCGGCAACCGUCGUAGCACUCAAAGAGUUGCUGCUCCCUGAAUCUGAGUCACUAUCUUCGAGAACAAAGUCCGCUGCCGCUCGAUCUACGAAAACGACGUCUGCUACGAAAACGAAAACCGGCACCGGAAGAGACAAUGCCUCCAGCUCACAAACCGAAACUCUGAGCUCCCGCGAGAGAGCUGCUUUGGCGACCCAUGUCAUCAACGUUACGCUCAAGACCCUGUCCGAAGUAGCGAAGCCUCCACCCCCUUCGACACCUUCGAAGCAAAAUAGCGACCUUCGAGAAGCAGCUGGGAAGCAGUCAAUUCGACGAUCUCUGUCCGCACCGCUUUCUCCCGUACAGCCCAGGGCACUUAACCGUGCGGUUGCGUCUUCCAAUAGUGAGGCGACUUUGACGAAACCACCUACGCAGGCCCAAUCGACGGGAUGCCUUGCUAUAGUAGAGUGUGCACGUGUUGCAUUUUCUGCCCUUCGAUCCCUCAAAGGCCUAACAAAGCCCGAAGAGGCGGACUUUCAGCUGGAGACUGGCAUGUCCGCGCUGGUAGGGAAGUUGCUGGGCCUGGGGAUGCAUGAUCAAGCUCUUAAGGAGCUGAGAGUACUCAAACGAAGGCUGGACAGUAUUAUAAGCGGGAAACUCUCGACGAGCACCAAGGGCGGACCCGAAAGCACCAGUACUACUGCAGUAAUUGCCGAUUUGUUGAAUUUCCAGAGCGCUAUUACGAAGCCUUGCCUUGCGACCAUCACAGGCUAUCAGAUGCAGGUUUUGAAGUUAAUCGCAGCGACCAAAAAGCCGUCUCACAUCGAAGCCAUCCUUCCCCACCUCAGCGAUUCAUAUGUCUCGUCCCCAUUCAACCUCUUGUCUGCUCUCGCCAAGGAUGGAGCAAAAGAGGUUGCAAAGGCAGCUCGUCAAAUGGCGUCCUUAUCACAGAUUCUCUUGUCCCUUGCGCCGAGCAUUUCUAGCCAAGAAGAUGCAGUAGCUAUCGAACCACGACUAAGCCCAUCUCCUAGCGCCGCCUUUGAGUUACAAUCUUUGGCUUUCCGGAUACAACUGAAGUGGUGGAAACUAGCUAAUCAUCAGGGACAUGUUGAUAAUGACCUGCUCUCGCCCUUCACUCGCUGCCUACGAGCUUACACCCGACGGCAAAAGCUAGAUAAAGGCCCUGUUUACCAAAUAAUAUCUGAAUCAUUCGACGCAAUAAUGCAGCUCAUUCAUUCCCAAAAGUAUCUCCCAGAAUCAUCAUUCAAUUCGCCUCUAGCAUCAAUACACCAUAUUUUAGGAUCCGCAGCGCAAGCAGAACGACGAUAUGCCGAAGCCUACCGCUGGUUUCAAGAAUUGAAAGGGUCUCUGGCCAUAGGGCAAGACUCAUCUGUUCUCAAGUGUGCAAUCUCUGCGCGCCUCCUUGCUGUUGCGCUAAAGAAAGCCGACUUGGACCAAGCUGUCGAGCCUCUCCUUGUCGAGGUCAUCGAAGGGUUGGAUGGAAGCCUAAGUGGAACCAUGGCGGAGCUGAACGAACUUCUCGAAAGCCUUUCGCUGGCAAGGCGCUCCGUCGUUGGCCUCUUGAUGACAUGCAUAGGGCCAAAUGCGUCGAAAAGCACUGUUCCGAGCUCACUCUCAAAUCAUCUUAAGACCUUCAUACUCAAGUAUCCGCGAUUUGUACGCCGAUGGAUGGGGCUGCCUCCAGGCAAAGAUGUGCCGCCUAAGCAUAUUCUCCAGUUUGAUCAACGGCGACAGCUCGUCGCACAAUCCCUAGGCCAGACUCUUGACGCUACCCUGAUGGUCAUCAAGUGCGAUAUCCAAUCCGAAGAGAGCGGAUGGCAAGCCGUCGACGAUGUGCUUCAGCACUGCGCUUCGCUUCUCGAAUCAAUGGGCGUUUCUAAUCUAUCAACCACCAAGAUUGAUAAUCUUGGCACUUACUCCGUCAAGAUCUCGAGCCUCUACUUCUCUGUCUUUUCUCAGCUUCGAAAGAAGUCCGGUCGAUCCAAAGACGAGAAUAAGCAUCUCCUUCAAGCUUUGAGUCGAUCGAUCGAUGUUAUUAAAAACUGUACGGAGGCCGAGCAAGAAAAAGCACAACUAUCGACAAAACUAGAAAUAUUUGCAGACAUGUGCAAGAGCUCUGGCAGGACUGACGAUGCUGUACGCACACUACGAGCAAUUUGUUCCAAUAUGGCUGAGAACGGCGCAUUAUCUGAUGUUGCCACCGCUCUCUCCACUCAGUCUCCAACUCUGGCGUGGGCUAUGAGCGACAAAGUCUCACUCAUGUCACGCACUUUGCGUUCCAUGGCUAGAAUCGACAAGGCGUGGAAUGAAUGGACCUUUCCGCUUCCUGAGGCAGAGCGCUCUGCGGUUCUCGAGCAUUUGACGUAUGUCAGUCUCAUCAGUUCAUCCUCAUCACUGCAAUCGCUGGGGCUGCACGACGCAGCAGUGGCUGCGUUGCUUCGCACAUACUCGUUGGAGAAAUAUCCGGUUCGCCGCCUCCGUGUGCUGCUGAACCUUUACUACCAAAGCGUGGGAGAAGAAGAGCAGCUACUGAACAUCGUUUCGCUUGCUGAGGAAACAUGGGGACAUCUAGAGGCCGGGGCCAGGGCGGAAGAUGCCUCGUUAUCUCAUUUCAUCCCGCACUUGCAAGCCUAUUUUACAUCCAUCUUUGCAUUGACGCACACGGAUGGAACGAUGUCUACGAUGAUCUUCCAGGCAAUCGACUCUUGGAAAAGCAUCAUCAGAACUUGUCAGACGCAAGACCAGCUUUGCAUGGUAAUUGACGAUCCCCAAAGACUUCUCGAUCAUUUGCGAUCUCUACACCAACUUGCGGGCCUAAGGGGAGUGACACGCCUCCAACUCGCAAUUUCCGAACUUAGUAUUGCCAUAUCGACGGUGUUUGUUGGAUCUACUGAGGCAACAGGUGAUGGCUUGAUCCUUGGUCACAGCCAGCUAGCAGCGCAAUACGUCAACAUUGGACUCUUCCCCCAAGCUCUAAAGACAAUAGAACAGACCCAAGAGCUCCUCACCCGUUACGAUGGCCUAUCCCGCCAAGUUCUUGUCGAAUUCUACCUCUCCCAGGCCGAGUAUUGUACGGGCGUUGGCAACAUGAACGCUGCCAAAGCUCAUGCAUCCAAGAUAAUCUCCAUCACCUUACUGCUACAGUCCAUUGCUGCUCUUCAAACUGGAGAUAUUCAAGACGCACUGUCUUUUGUAAAGACGAGUGUUCGCAUGCUUACUCACGAUUGGACCAAAUUAGAAGCAGCAUUGGGGGCCGAUUCGAAGAGCCCAGAUGCCAGUAUAUCGGAAAUCAACACCAGCAGCACAGAUUUGGCUUCGACGAAAGGGAAAGUAACUGGCCCUCGAUUCUGGACUCUAGCCAGUCCACUUCUUCGAAGCCUCUUACAUAUCUCUUCUGUAUACGCCCAUAUUGGCAUGUACCAGGAAACUGUCUAUUAUGCCGACUGUGCCUGGAAGAUUGCGGAGAGUACUCAGUCUUCGCUCUACAUAGCACAAGUGGCUGCAUGGACUGGCUCUGUAUAUCUCAAGGCCGGAAAGCUGCCCAAAGCACUUGCUACCUUUAAAGAUGCAGAAGAACAGCUGCCGCGUGAUAUCUGUUCUGCUCGUGUACGCCUUGCUCGUCAACUCGGGGAGUUUUAUUGGGAAAUCGGAGACGAUGAGAAAGCUGCAGAGUUUUUGAAAAUAGCUGAGGAGACUGCCCAUCUCCUCAGCAUGCCCCAGAAUGAAACCAACGCCGAACCUGAACCCCUUGCAAAGCCUCAGAGCGCCGAAUCUACCAAAGUCAUGAGGGCAAAAAGAACAACAAGGUCAAAGGCCAAAGUACCGGCCGCUCCUAAACCCGCAAAGCGAGACUCUCCCAGGUCUAAGACACCUGCCGCAGGAGACAUCGCUCAGCUACCCAAAGACAUAUACUACGCAUCCCUGCACGCUGCUAUCAUUAUGUCUCGCACUUUGGGACUCAUUUACCAGAAAGAGUGGGCGUCGGCUCUACAGGCUUUGGAGAAAGUCAAAGAUUUGCCCAAGCUUGUCAGCGUACUCUCUCAAGAGCAAGUAAUGACGGCCGUUUCAUUGAUUGGACGCAGCAUGGAGCAGAUGAUAUCCGAUCCUGUCUUCUCUGUAAUGCAAGACUCGACCAUUUCUUUUCCUGCUGUCUCUGCUUCCAUGGCUCUAUCCAAUAAGUUGUCACAUAUGCAACUAUCGAUGAAAAAUGAGCUUACUGCGGAGGACUUUCAGAAAAAUAUUGAUUAUCCUGUAUUUGCGGACGCAUUAGAGCGAGCACAAGCGCUUCUCGUGGAAGCUCAUGCUUCUGCUCUUUCCAGUGCCGAUAGUAGCAUGGUUCGUCGCAUCUCUACGCUGCUUCAAAGCACAGUCAUUUUCUUGUCGGCAACAUUGGCUUCAAAAUCUCUUCCACAAACAGGGUUGGGUACGAUUGCUGUAGAUUUGGCCCGGAAUGUGACGUGGCAGCGAGAGCAGCAAACUAUGGCCGGGCUCAAUAACGACACAGCCCCUAUUCGCAUUGCAGUUCCAGCUGCCAAGCCGCCGACAGUAGAAGCAGUGGCUGAUAUGGCCAACUUCCAAGAGAACUAUGUGGAUUUGAUCCCAGAGAAGUGGAGUGUUGUCUCCAUUUCGCUGAGUGAUAACCAUCAUGACCUCUGUAUCACCAAAUUCCAAGCGAACCAAGGACCGUUUGUGUUGCGUCUUCCAUUGGAAAGAGCCAACUCUCGAGAUGCUGACUCCGAAGUAUUCAACUUUAAAAACGGCCGCGAAGAAUUAUUGGAAUUUAUUAAACUGGCAAAUGAAAGCAGUCACUCUGCACGAGACUUUACUGCCAAAGGGGAGCGUGGAGCUUGGUGGGCAGAGCGAGAGGCUUUGGACUCUCGAUUGAAGCGGCUCCUGGUAACUAUGGAAACUACGUGGCUGGGAGGAUUCAAGGGCAUCUUUUCGCAGCAUUGCAAGCGGAUGGAUCUGUUGGCUCGCUUUAAGAAGGACUUUCACCAAAUGCUUGACAGAAUCCUGCCGUCUCGAAACAAAAGCCGAGGGAAAAAGACGGCGACCAAGAUGGAGGCUAUUACUUUGGAUCCUCGGAUUCUGGAUCUCUUCAUUGGACUGGGCAAUCCAAUUGAUCCUGACUGCGAGUUUGAUGAGGCGCUUAAUGAUUUGCUUUACUUUGUCGUGGAUAUUCUGCAGUUCCACGGCGAACGGAACGCAUACGAUGAGAUCGACUUUGACGCAAUGGUCCUGGAGACCUACGACGCUCUGCGUGCGUAUCACAAUGCUGCAGGCUCCUCGGAGAGGGAGGAAGGGACGCAUACCAUACUCGUACUUGAUAAACUCCUUCACGCUUUCCCCUGGGAGUCUUCGCCUUGCAUGGACGGUCUGUCUGUAUCUCGAGUGCCUUCACUCGCAUGCCUUCGACAGCUCAUUCAGGAUGCUGGGACAAAUCCAACAAACGAAUUACAAGGCCAUUUCGUCUCAGCAAAAGCUGGUACUUAUAUCCUCAACCCUUCGUCUGACCUGAAGAAUACACAGACAUUCUUCCAGUCAGCCUUUACAACUCUUUCAUCGUGGAACGGUAUCAUCAAUAAAGCGCCAAAGGAAUCUGAAUUCGAAAAGGCCCUUUCGACAUCCGAGAUUAUGGUAUACUUUGGUCACGGUAGCGGUGCCCAGUAUAUUCGCGGAAAGACGAUUCGACGGCUGGAAAAGUGCAGGCCGGCAACGUUCCUCAUGGGCUGCAGCUCUGCCGCCCUCACUGACGCAGGAGAGUUUGAAUGCUACGGCCCAGUCUGGAACUACAUGAUGUCAGGCUGUCCCGCCGUGGUGGGUACGCUCUGGGACGUGACAGAUCGUGAUAUCGAUCGUUUCGCAGGCAGGGCUUUUGAGGAAUGGGGUCUCUUUGCCAGAGGCACAUUUGAUGGCGCCACGAGUAAGGGCAAAGGCAGGGCUAAGAGCCGUGUCGAAGAAGAAGAUGAUGAGAUGAGCCUCCCUGGAUGUGAUGGCGCUCCUCCAGGCGAUGCUUCCCUUGCCGAAGCGGUAGCAGGGGCGAGAAGUGCAUGUCGUUUCAAGUAUCUUAAUGGCGCGGCAGUGGUGUUUUAUGGAAUUCCGGUUUACAUCAAGAAAGAAUGA